AUGGAUGUCCAUAAUGCUUUUCUGAAUGGUGAUCUUGCCGAGGUGGUUUACAUAACUCUUCCUCAGGGAUUUGGUUGUCAGGGGGAGCAUAAGAGAAUUGUUACUCAUGAGCCAUUAAAGGACAAAAACAGCUUUCAGAGACUCAUUGGCAAGUUAUUAUAUUUGACCAUAACUAGGUCAGACAUUGCAUAUGCAGUGCAAUAUCUGAGUCAAUUCAUGCAUGCACCAAAGACAUCUCACUAUGAAGCAGCUUUGCAUAUAGUGAAGUACAUAAAGAAACAACCAGGUCUCGGGUUGUUAAUGUCAAGCAGAGAUCAAGAAAAGAUAGAAACAUUCAAUGAAUUACAUAUUUUUGUGUUAAACUGGGAAUCUCAUUAA